AUGCCGCUCGUACCGAUCUUGAACGUGAACGUGGACUUCGCCGAACUGUCCCACGCCGUCACGGCGAAGUACGACGAGAUCUACAAUCGCCUCCAGGACGAAAAGAGUCAACGGAAGCUGGUGCUGGUCAUCGUGUCCAUCGCCCUCCUGCUGGACAACAUGCUCUACAUGGUGAUCGUCCCCAUCAUCCCGGACUUCCUCCGGACGCAUUCCACGUGGGAGACUCACAUGGAAGGCGGGCAGGACGUCACCGAUUACGCCAGAGUGCACGGCAACGAGAGCUGGAACGACACCUCUCUCGAGCCGAGACUGUUGAAGAACGUCGGAGGAGUCCUGGUCUACGAAGGCGAGGACACGGCCAUCGGGUGGCUCUUCGCAUCCAAGGCCAUCAUUCAACUGAUGGUGAACCCGUUUUCCGGUUGGAUCAUCGAUCGAGUGGGAUACGAUAAGCCCAUGAUGGGGGGACUCCUCAUCAUGUUCCUCUCGACGGCCGUGUUCGCCUGCGGACAAUCCUACACCACCCUGUUCCUGGCCAGGAGUCUUCAAGGCGUGGGAUCCGCUUUCGCCGAUACCUCCGGCAUGGCCAUGAUCGCCGACCGGUUCACGGAAGAAAACGAGCGGCAGAUGGCUCUCGGAAUCGCACUGGCGUUCAUUUCCUUCGGCUCCCUCGUGGCUCCUCCUUUCGGAUCCGUUCUCUACGAAUUCGCCGGGAAGGAGGUCCCUUUUCUCAUCCUGUCUUUCGUCUGCCUCGUGGACGGAAUCAUGCUCGUCUUCGUCAUGAGACCGGUGAAGGCGAAGAUGAAGGAGAUGGGGAUCGAGAGACUUCACGGCACUCCCAUCUGGAGGCUGUUGAUGGAUCCGCAGAUCGCGGUCUGCGCCGGGGCCCUCGUCAUGGCCAACGUGAGCCUGGCCUUCUUGGAACCCACCAUCACCGUCUGGAUGAUCGACAACAUCAAAGACAUUCAGAACUGGCAGACGGGUAUGAUCUGGCUUCCCGCUUUCUUCCCCCACGUCUUCGGUGUCGUCCUCACCGUGAAACUGGCUCGAAAAUAUCCGCAAAAGCAAUGGAUCAUGGCCGCUGCCGGCCUGGGCAUGGAGGGACUCUCGUGCCUCGUCAUCCCCUUCUCGAAUACCUACUGGGUCCUCAUGAUACCCAUCUGCACCAUAUGCUUCGGGAUCGCCCUGAUCGACACCGCGCUCUUGCCGACGCUGGGUUACCUCGUGGACGUUCGAUACGUCUCGGUCUACGGGAGCAUCUACGCCAUCGCGGACAUCUCCUAUUCCAUGGCGUACGCGAUCGGACCAGUGAUUGCCGGAGGGAUCGUCGCCUCCAUCGGUUUCGUUGCCUUGAAUCUCCUCAUCGCCGUCUCGAAUCUCCUUUACGUUCCCGUGUUGUCCACCCUGAAGCACAUCUACGACUACAAGCCGUUCGAGGACGAGGCGAACAUCUUGAUGACCGAGAAUCCUCAUAAACAGUAUCAGACUUACCGGAUGGACGACAAAGGGAUGCCGAACAGUCUCGGAGGAAACCGACCUCCCGACUACGGUCGACUGGACGAGGAAGAGGAUCCCAAGCCCUCCUCGAGCACUCUCGGUCGAACUCACUUCGGCAACGUCAACGGUCACGUGAGGUUCCAGGACCAAGUCGGAGGGGAGGAAGGAGGAGCGGAUCGGCCGGAAGCAGCUGCCGGGUACCAGGAACCAGUCCCACCCGUCAAUCCCUUCAAUCCGUUCAGGCAGAGCUGA